AUGUGGCUUCUUGCAGCAAUCGACAAGCAAAAGACGCUCCUGUCUGCUGAUGUUGGACACUUUUCUCUUGUGCGGGCCAUGCACCUUGCUGAUUUGAUCACUCUCAUGAACGGUGCCUGUGGCGUUAUGUCCAUCUUCUCCUCGCUACGAUACGCACUCGGUGAUCCCAAGGAUUUUGACAGCCUCUGGCUUGCUCUUAUCUUCCUACCAUUCGGUUUCUUCUUUGAUGCCUUUGAUGGCAAGGUCGCUCGAUGGAGGAAGAAGAGCAGUCUUAUGGGUCAGGAGCUAGACUCCCUUGCCGAUUUGAUCUCGUUUGGUGUUGCCCCCGCCAUGGUGGCCUUCACUCUCGGUUUCCGCUCGCUUGCCGAUACCGUUGGUCUUACCUUCUUUGUGCUUUGCGGUCUCACUCGCCUCGCCCGUUUCAAUGUGACCGUCGCCGUCCUCCCCAAAGAUGCGACUGGCAAGAGCCAGUUUUUCGAGGGAACGCCUAUCCCCACUUCGCUCGGCAUGGACGCCAUCAUGGCCUACUGGCUCUCGCAGCGUUGGGUUCAUGAUAACCUUCCCUUCGGUGUCUGGUUCGAGGGUUCGGCCCUUGAAUUCCAUCCUGCCGUUCUUCUGUUCGUGAUCCACGGCUGUCUCAUGACUAGCAAGACCAUUCGAAUUCCCAAGCCUUAA